AUGUCAACUGAUAUAGAUGUUUGCAGCUUUUGUCUAGGUGGUGAGACUGACAUACCACCUUUUGGAAGUUUACGUGAUGCUGAAGAUUUGGUCCAUCCAUGCUCAACUUGUUCAUUAACUGCUCAUAGAAAAUGUCUACUUGACUGGUUUAAUUCAUUAUCGUCUGAUAAGUUACAAGUAGUUAACGCUCUGACUCUUACAGAGGGUUCAGUAAGAAGACCACAUUCCCAUAGUCAUGAUGAGAGUAUUGGAGUUGGACAACCCCAACAUGAAACAAGAAUUCACAUCAACAUAUCUUCGCAACAAUUAAACAACUGGAUUACAAACAUUGCGGCCAGUUUAAGUGGUAACGUAACGGCUGAGAACUUAUCUUCGAAUAGUGAUUCACAAUACUCAUCCAAUGGGUUUGUGGUGCUCUUAUUGGCGCCAUGUCCCCAAUGUAAAGAUGAUAUAGUCUUCAGUAUGAGAAGGUCUUCGUUCUUGACGUUUACAACCGCUACAAGGACUCUCAUCACGCGAAGCAUUACUUACGGUGGACUAUUUAUUGGGAUUACUUCUGCCGUUACUGGAGUCGUUUCCAUGGGUUAUAUUGGGUUAACAUCUCUCGGUUUGAAAAUGAUGGAUUCGUUGAUUCCAACACCUAUACUAUUAAAAAUGUUAACAAAAAACUCGUCACCCAAUGCAGCAUUAUCAAAUUCUUCAUUAUCUCAAGUUUUAUUUGGAAAUGUUAAUAAUUAUGCAAUUGAUAAUUUAGAACAGGCGUUAUCCAAAGGAUUGGUAGAUCCAUUAAAAUUUUCACGUAUUCCGGUUUUGCCAAUAGUACUCUACCGUAUGCGUUCAACUUCAAUAAUGAAUUGUUUAUUGGGCAGUUCGAAAGAGAAUUCUUUUAACAAUUGGCUUACCGAAUUUAUGAUAAGUGGAUAUAUUUCAUCUUUAGGUAAUCAUGAAUUAUUCAGGUCUGUAACUACUAACUUUCAACAUCUGGUUCUGAGGAUUUUUCAGAACCCACGGUCUAUAUCUGAGGGCUUAGGGCUUUUAAACGGUAUUAAUUUGUGGAAAGCAAAUAAUAUGAUAUCUAUGUUAGUACCUUUGAGAUGGGUGUAUGAUUUAUUCUUUAGAAUGACUUUAAACAGACUUCACUUCAACAUUGCGAUGAGUAUAAGGCCUCGUGAUAUAGCCAAUUCAUUAGAUGCAUCUGAAUUAGAUGAAUUAGAAGAAAUUGGUGCUAAUAUUGGAAAAUUAGAAUUUAAAUUUAAAAGCUUCAGAGAUGCAGUAGAUGAUCAAGUUGAGAAAGAAUUCAAGUCAAAAUCUUCGUAUCCAUUGAUAACAACUCUAUUCAAGUUCAUCAAAAAGAAAUUAUUAUAUUAUGAACGUUGUUUCAACUCUAAUCUACAAUUGUCAUAUUCCAGACUUAAGGUUUUGUCAUGGAUUCAUGAAACUAAAGCAUGCAUUAACAAUGACUAUUCAUCUGCAUUUUUAUAUAAAUCUAUCACAAUGAGAUUUGUAACAACAGUUUUAUGGCCUAUCGCCAGUUCCAAAUUAGGCAACAUGAUAUUUAAACUUUUACAAACUAAGAAAUUUUCAGACAUUCCACAGAAUCAAUUAGUAUUAUUGGGCAAUAUAAUUGGUAUGGUUGCUGUGGUUUUUGUUAAAGAUUGCAUAAAUUUGUACUUAAGUAAAAAGAAAGCUGAACAAAUAUCACAAAUGUCAGUCUUAUGCAUUGAUGUCGAUAGACAUCAAACUACCAAUGACCAACAAAGUGAUGAUAAUGACAACGCCAAUGACGAUAGUAACUGGAUUACGGAAGAUGAAGAUGAAUUUGCACAACGAUUUCCAGGAAGAUAUGUAGAGUAA